CACAGCGUUCGCCAGCAACGUUUAUUGUGUUUUUUCUUCGUGAAGUUCACAGCUCGACGCUAUGGCAAGAACCAAGCAGACCGCCCGUAAGUCCACUGGUGGCAAAGCGCCCAGGAAGCAGCUCGCCACUAAGGCUGCUCGCAAGAGCGCCCCGGCUACCGGCGGCGUGAAGAAGCCUCACCGUUACAGGCCCGGCACCGUGGCUCUGAGGGAGAUCCGCCGUUAUCAGAAGUCUACUGAGCUGCUUAUCCGCAAGCUGCCCUUCCAGCGCCUGGUGAGAGAAAUCGCUCAGGAUUUCAAGACCGACUUGCGUUUCCAGAGCUCGGCCGUCAUGGCCUUGCAGGAGGCUAGCGAGGCAUACCUGGUCGGUCUGUUCGAGGACACCAACCUGUGCGCCAUUCACGCCAAGAGAGUGACCAUCAUGCCUAAGGACAUUCAGCUGGCCCGCCGUAUUCGCGGAGAGCGCGCUUAAAUCUCAAUUCUGGCUAAUGUACACAAAGGCUCUUUUAAGAGCCACCA